CCAGAGUAGACAUCAGUCGAGUUUCCGACGCCACCACGCAUAGAGCUCUAGCCCUGUACCAGUGUCAACAAAUUUUCAUUUAGAAUCUACUGGAGAAAGCCGAUUGAUAAGCCAGCUGCACGCCAUCCAGUCAUUAUUCAGUCACUUUCGAUAGACAAAGCCGAGUAAAUCCCCGACGAAACGGCAUACCAGAGCGAUUUAGUAAACGCUUUUCGUGGAGCUUGCUGGCUGCUACUGCUGCUCUUCCCCAUCCUCGCCCAAGCCCACGCCUCGCCCCCCGGACCCGUCAUGGCAGAUGCCGCCAAGCAGGAGUUCGCCCGCCGUCUGGCCCUCUUCUCCAUCAAUGUGUACGGUAAGCUGGCUGCCCUGAAGCCCGGCGAAAACCUGGUCUUCUCGCCCUUCUCCAUCCAGACGUGCGCGGCGAUGGCCCGUCUGGGGGCAGAUGGCGAGACCGCCGCCCAGCUGGACCAGGGACUGGGCCUGGCCUCCGCCAAUGUGGACCAGAUUGCCAAGAGCUUCAACCAAGUACUGGCCACCUACCAGGACAGUCAGAUCCUGCGCAUUGCCAACAAGAUCUUCGUGAUGGACGGCUACUCGCUGGCUCCCCAGUUCGACCAGCUGCUGAGCAAGGAGUUCCUGUCGGCGGCACAGAAAGUCAACUUCGCCAGCAGCUCCCAGGCGGCGGCCACCAUCAACGGUUGGGUGGAGGAGCGCACCAACCACCUCAUCAAGGACCUGAUUCCGGCCAGUGCUCUGAACGCUGACUCGCGUCUGGUCCUGGUCAAUGCCAUCCAUUUCAAGGGCAACUGGGUUCACCAGUUCCCCAAGUACGCCACGCGGCCAGACACCUUCCACCUGGACAACGAGCGAAGCAUCCAGGUGCCCAUGAUGAGUGUUAAGGAGCGUUUCCGUUACGCCGACCUGCCGUCUCUGAAUGCCGCCGCCCUGGAGCUGCCCUACAAGGACUCGGAUCUGUCCAUGCUGAUAAUCCUGCCCAACAGCAAGACAGGUCUGCCCGCCCUGGAGGAGAAGCUGCGCUCCACCCCGCUGUCGGUGAUAACACAGGCCCUGCAGAAGACGCAGGUGCAGGUCAAGCUUCCCAAGUUCAAGGCGGAGUUCCAAAUCGAACUGUCGGAGGUGUUCCGAAAGCUCGGCAUGACGAGGCUGUUCACCAACGACGCGGAGUUCGACAAGAUGCUGGAGACUCCCGAGCCCCUCCAGGUAUCGGCUAUCAUCCACAAGGCCUUCAUCGACGUCAACGAGGAGGGCACCGAGGCUGCGGCUGCCACUGGUAUUGUAGCCGAUUUUUUAAUGAUGACACCGGAUCCCACGUUCUUCUAUGCCGAGCAUCCAUUCAGCUUUUAUAUUGUCGAUAAGGAACCAAAUGUGGUUUUUGCUGGCAGGCUUCAUCAGCUCUAGGCAGCAGCACCAUACCAAAUAUAAUUUUACUAAAAAUAUGCUCUCUGAAUGAUCUUUUUAUACUUUAAACUCUUUUUGUACUAACCAAGCAUGUAAACCUUUAAUAAAAAGAGAACUGAAUC